GCGGGCGGCUGGGGCUGCGGGUCCUCCCGGGAGCGCGGCGGUUUCCUCCCGAGCUGCCCAGUUAUCUCCAGAGCCUCCGACCAGCUCUCGGCGGAGCGCGUCCUCCCCCCGCACCCACCCGGCACUCCUCAACCCACCCACCUACUUCCUCCGGCCCCAUACACACGCAGCGCGGAGUUGCCAAAAAUUUCCACCCUCCGCCCCCCUCCCUAGCUAACUUCCUUCCAGCAUUUCCUGAGCUGGAUGAUCCUAGGAUUUGUAAGACAGGAAAAAAAGGAAGGCGUGAGGGCGGGCGAGAGAGACAGGAUGCUUGUUUUUCGCGUUCCCGAAGCCGUCUGAAGGCAAGACAGCGGGCGCAGGGCAGAGGAGCCACGCAGCCCCCGGGCUGUCUGCUCGCCCUCCGGCUGCUGCCCGCUCGCCGCGCGCUCGUCCUCUCCUGGGCAUCUGCAGAGGCGGAGAGGAGAGCUCGCCCUCCCUCCGAGGCGGAGGAAAACACCCGAAGACACCGCAGGAGCCCGUGAAAGUCCCCGGGACUCCGAGUGAGGAAGUGACACUCCGGCCGGCCGGCCCGCGGCCGCCAGCUCCGCCCGGCCUCCCGCCCCGAGGCCCUGGAGAAGCGCGCCGUGGACCCCAGGCUCCGCGGCCGCGCCGGGCUCAGCGCCCCGCGGGCUCCAUGCGCGCUGCCCCGGGCCGCUCUUCGUCCGCGUGCCGAUGCGGCCCCUCAGUGCCGCGCCGCAGCCCGUGAUCUGACCCCGGAGACCGGCCUAGGCGCGGUGCCACGCACAGGGGAGGGGGAGACGGAGGGGCAACCUCUUGGGACUAACUCAUGAAGAACAAGGGUGCCAAGCAGAAGCUGAAACGAAAGGGAGCCGCCAGUGCCUUCGGCUGUGACCUGACCGAGUAUCUGGAAAGCUCCGGACAGGAUGUUCCAUAUGUAUUGAAGAGCUGUGCAGAAUUUAUAGAGACUCAUGGCAUUGUGGAUGGAAUCUAUCGGCUUUCAGGAGUCACCUCAAAUAUACAAAGGCUAAGGCAAGAGUUUGGUUCAGAUCAAUGUCCAGAUCUGACAAGGGAAGUGUACCUCCAGGACAUCCACUGUGUGGGCUCACUCUGCAAGCUCUACUUUAGGGAGCUGCCCAACCCUCUCCUGACUUAUGAGCUCUAUGAGAAAUUCACGGAGGCCGUGUCGCAUUGCCCCGAAGAAGGCCAACUGGCCCGAAUCCAAAAUGUUAUCCAGGAGCUUCCCCCAUCCCAUUAUAGGACCUUGGAAUACCUGAUUCGACACCUGGCCCACAUUGCCUCCUUCAGCAGCAAGACCAACAUGCACGCCAGGAACCUCGCCCUAGUGUGGGCACCAAACCUGCUCAGGUCAAAAGAAAUCGAAGCCACUGGGUGCAAUGGAGACGCGGCUUUCCUUGCAGUUCGGGUCCAGCAGGUGGUGAUUGAGUUCAUCCUGAAUCACGUGGAUCAAAUCUUUAACAACGGCACACCUUCGUCUUUGGAGCACAAUGAAAACCCGCCCAUCACAAAGAGCCUGACCUUGCCAGUCCUCUCCUUGCCCAUGAAGCUGGUGAGCCUGGAGGAAGCUCAGGCCAGGAGCCUGGCUACUAACCAUCCUGCUCGGAAGGAAAGGAGGGAGAAUAGCUUGCCUGAAAUUGUCCCUCCCAUGGGCACCCUCUUCCACACUGUUCUUGAGUUACCAGACAACAAAAGAAAGCUCUCCAGUAAAUCAAAGAAGUGGAAAUCAAUAUUUAACCUGGGACGUUCUGGAUCAGACUCCAAAUCAAAGCUGAGUAGAAAUGGGAGUGUAUUUGUGAGAGGACAGAGGCUCUCAGUGGAAAAGGCUACUAUCCGGCCAGCUAAAAGCAUGGACUCGCUGUGCUCAGUGCCUGUGGAAGGGAAAGAAACCAAAGGAAAUUUUAAUCGAACAGUCACCACUGGUGGAUUUUUCAUCCCAGCGGCAAAAUUGCAUUCAACCAACACUGGUAGCUCAUGUGACCUCAGCAAGCAGGAGGGCGAAUGGGGCCAGGAGGGGAUGCCGGCAGGGGCGGAGGGGGGCUUCAACAUGAGCAGUGACCGAAGCCAACUUCAGGGUGCUCAGGCCCGGCCCCCACCUGAGCAGCUGAAGGUGUUCCGGCCUCUUGAGGAUCCAGAGAGUGAGCAAACAGCCCCGAAGAUGCUGGGUAUGUUCUACACAUCAAAUGACAGCCCCAGCAAAUCUGUCUUUACCAGCAGUCUCUUCCAGAUGGAGCCCUCUCCCCGUCACCAGCGCAAGGCCCUGAACAUCUCUGAGCCCUUUGCCGUGUCCGUUCCGCUGCGCGUGUCAGCGGUCAUUAGCACCAACAGUACCCCGUGCAGAACACCCCCGAAGGAGCUCCAGUCGCUUUCCAGCCUGGAAGAAUUUUCUUUCCAGGGGUCAGAGAGUGGAGGUUGGCCUGAAGAUGACAAGCCACUGGGAGCUGAGACGUCUACAGCUUCCGUACCUAAGAAGGGGGUUCUCGAGGAGGCCAAGCCAGGACCAGAAGCAGUGAGGAUGGUGGAAUGCAACAAAGGCCUCCCCCUGGAGCCAGGCCCCCAACAAGAGGAAAAGAAGGCCUCGGAAACAUCCCUGGACUCUCAACAUUCAAGUAACUUAGAGGAGAGGUUGGACCCAGAGAAGGCGGAGGAGGAGGGUGGAGAGGCUGGCCAGGCGGAGCCCAGCACUCUGCAGGAGAGCCCUGGGCCCAGAGCCGAAGCAGUGUUUCUCCAGGAUGUGGAUGAGGAUGACCUGGCCAAUGCCCUGAUCUGGCCUGAGAUUCAACAGGAGCUGAAGAUCAUCGAAUCUGAGGAGGAGCUCUCCUCAUUGCCAGCACCUGCCCUAAAGAUCAGCCCCACUCAGCCAAUCCUGGAGGCCAGUCCGGCGGCUUUUGCUUCCCAGGAGCCUCCUGGGAGCUUGUCUUGUGGGAGACCACCAGGCUCCACCCCUCUGGAGGAGUGGACUAAGGAUCCAGCCAAUCAGACGGCACAGGGGACUUCCCCUGCAGCCAAUAGAGAAAAGCUAGAGACGACGAGCGUCCUCCUCAGACCCGAGACAGAGAAGGGCCCGCGUCCGGACCCCACCAGCUUAGCUCCUCUGGAAAUAGUUCCAUUUGAAACAGCUUCUUUACAAACAAAGGUGGGCCAAGAAGGCACAGGGAAUCUGUCGCCUCCUCUCCCGCCUGCUGCGCCUCCUCCAACUCCUCUGGAGGAGGCGCCUCGAGUCCAGCUAUCGAAGGGCAGUCCUGAGAGAGAAGACUCAUCUAGGAGUUUGAAGACAAAUCCAUACACAGACCAGCUGAAGUCUAAUGGCAGCCCUGGGACCCCCAGCCUGUGUCAGGAGGAAGAGGAGGAGCCCUCUCUAGGACAAAGUGAAAAGCAAAAUUCAAAGAAUGCUGCUUGUGAGGGAAAAGGCUCUGGUUUUCAAAGCCCAACAAGCGAGGUUGAGAUCUCUCCACAAGGAGAGGGGGAUGUAGCCCAUUCAGUGCAGGAGCCCUCAGACUGUGAUGAAGACGAAACUGUGACAGACAUUGCCCAGCAUGGCCUGGAGAUGGUGGAGCCCUGGGAGGAGCCCCAGUGGGUAACGAGUCCCCUUCACUCUCCCACCCUGAAAGAUGUGCAGGAGGCCCAGGUGCAGGGCCCCCAGACCCACCGACUGGAGAGGAGGCUUCCCCACAGGCCCAGCCUUCGUCAGAGCCAUUCUCUAGAUAGCAAAACAACCACGGUUAAGAGCCAGUGGACUCUUGAGGCUCCCUCCUCUAGCAGCUGUGCUAACCUCGAAGCAGAGAGGAAUUCCAACCUUCUGCAGCCCCUGGCCCCCAGGAGAGAGAUUACUGGAUGGGAUGAGAAAACCCUGAAGUCCUUUAGAGAGUUCUCUGGGGACAGAGGGACAGAGGCUGCUCCCAGCCAGAAGGGACCAGGUGGUUUGCAGCCCAAAUCAGCAGAAAUCAGCCCUGGCAGCCUAGCAGAGGGAAAGGAACAGGGGACACACCAAGGGCACAGCAGCCCUCAGAUUGAGCAAGGUAGUGUUCCUGGGCCAGACAACAGCAAAGAGAGUUCUCCUGGUGUGCAAGACAGUGCCUCAUGUGGAGAGCAUCCCCCAAAGUUACAGCUGAAGAGCACUGAGUCUGGGCUUCCAAAAGGGAAAAACAGGCCUUCUUCCCUCAAUUUGGACUCUGCCAUUCCCAUCACUGACCUCUUUCGUUUUGACAAUGUGGCCUCAUUUGGUUCACCUGGAAUGCAGCUCUCUGAGCCAGGAGACACAAAAGUCGCAUGGAUGACCUCAUCUCUCUGUAAAGUAGACCCGUGGAGUAUUUGCUCCCAGGACCCUCAGGACCUGGACAUUGUGGCUCAUGCCCUGACGGGCCGCCGUAACUCAGCUCCUGUGAGUGUGUCAGCUGUGAGAACCUCCUUCAUGGUCAAAAUGUGCCAGGCUAGGGCAGUCCCAGUCAUCCCACCCAAGAUUCAGUACACACAGAUCCCACAGCCCCUGCCAUCUCAGAGCUCAGGGGACACUGGAGUUCAGCCUCUGGAGAGGAGCCAGGAAGAACCCAGCUCAACUGGUGGGACCUCGCAGAAAUCUGCCAGAGAUGAUUCUCUCUCCUUGGAAAGCCCAAAAGAAGAGAAGCCAAAGCAAGAUAUGGGAGCCAUUGAGGCCUCGCCAAUGGAUACCACUACAUCCCACAUGUGCGAGGGACCCAUCCUUCCUCCAGAACCAGUCUUGGCUAACCUGCUCUCCACCCAGGAUGCAACAGUGCAAUGCAGAAAGCGUACAUCAGAGACAGAGCCUUCCGGAGACAACCUUCUUUCUUCAAAAAUAGAGCGACCAUCAGGGGGUUCUAAACCUUUCCACAGGUCAAGGCCAGGAAGACCUCAGAGCCUUAUCUUAUUCAGUCCUCCUUUCCCCAUUAUGGACCACCCACCCCCUUCCUCCACAGUGACAGAUUCCAAGGUUCUCCUGUCCCCUAUCAGAAGUCCCACCCAGACAGUUUCCCCUGGCCUUCUUUGUGGGGAUUUGGCAGAAAACACGUGGGUCACACCAGAAGGGGUUACGCUUAGGAAUAAAAUGACCAUCCCUAAGAAUGGCCAAAGACUAGAGACCUCAACCAGCUGUUUUUACCAGCCCCAGAGGAGGUCAGUGAUUCUGGAUGGAAGAAGUGGGAGGCAAAUAGAAUGACAUCAGUUCACCUGCUGGUGUUCAAAAAAAAAAGUCGUGAUUCAUCAUCUGGAAGUUAUUACAGGGCCAACUUGCCAUUAUUCCAGGCAUAGGUUAUUCAAGUUUGGAUUUAUUUUGGCCUCUUUUUUUUCUUCAGCUUUUUGACCAUUUAUUAAUUAGCCCAUUUGCCAUAAGAGAGGUCAAGGGAAGGACCAAGAAAUGAAAUUUAGAUCAGUCCUUAACAGCAGGUGGGAAAGGUCAGGUAAGGAAGAAGCUGAAAUGCUUUCUUCCAAUGAGAUUUGGGGUUGUUUCUGAGUUGUGUUUCUCCCACACUGUCAUUACCUAUUACUGUUGAGAGUUGGCUAAAAUAACAUUUUUUGAAAGAAAGAGAAAUCCUUUGCCUGUGUUGGAAAAUGUUGCUGUUGAGGUUGGAAGGCCUCCUCUUUCCUUCACGCUUUUUAAUGCUCCUUAAAGCAUGCGUUCUUUUAGACCAGUUUUCUGAUAAGCUUUGUACACAUGUACACUCCAGAACAGAAGUAGAUUUGGAAGUGCAAACUAAUGUACACUUACAGAUCCAACAGGGUAAAGGUGCCCAUGCUCUUUCCCUGGAACUUCUGCAGACUUGUGGGAGAUGGUUGCAUGUAUCAGCGUAGAAAAUCAGAAUCUAUACACAAGAGCAAAUUCUAUGACUGGCAAAAUCUAAGAGGACUGCCUGGCUGUGGCUUUUGUUAUUUUGGGGGGACUCUGCCAUUCUCCUGACCUCUGAUGUAUAAAUCUAGUGGUUGGGCAGACUGGGGGCUGAGCUGAAGGUUACGUCAAUGAGAUGUGCUGAAUUUUCACUUAGGUAUGCAACAGUGAAGUGAUCUGUGUUCUUUCCAUCAGAGUCCACAGACAGGAUAUCAUCGUAGAGAACAACCUCACGCAUAGGUAGAACUAUGCUCCAAAGUCAGUGUGUUUAAAUUGAUGGGGCAUUAGUAGAAAACACUUCUAGCUCAGGUUCCCUGUCCUUCCACACUAGGCUGAGAGUACAGGAGAGGAUAAGGAGGGAGCCCCAACAGGGUGACCAUCUCUGUCACUUGGGGAGAAAUGCCCUUUGGAACAUGUAUUUCAUUUUAGCCAGUGGGUACCUCCCUUUCUCCCGCUUCUUCCAUUACUCAGAGCAGAGUUGAGGCACCUUUCUCCAUCCCAUAACACCCCCCCCCCCAUCCAUUACCCACCCUAGGCCAUUCUCCUGUCUACAUGCAAGCAGAAGCAAUAAACCAAUGUGAUUUUAUUUCAGUUAUAUAGAACCUCAGUGCUUCUUUCUUUUUCAGCCGGUAAGAGGAAGGAGAACUAAUAGAACCUACUGGUAGCUUUUUGGUGCUCUCCCAAAAAGGGAUUCACAGGAGCCCUUCUCAAGGCAAAACCCAUUAGGAUAUCAAUGGUUUCAAACCUUCUAACACAACAAUUUUAUUCAGAAAGAAAUUAAAACAGACCUGUUCUAGCUCUGUGCACAUCUUUUCAGGUUCAAGUCUGGCUGAACUCUGUCCACAAGCUCUGUCAUUGCAGAAAUUUCUCUAGGGGCUAGCAGUACCUCUCAGCAGACCUCACAAUCCAGGCCACCGGUGGGAUGGGUAGGGGCUGAACUGAAGUUACCUCGUCCAGGGAGAAUUGGAGGUGGAGCCCUGCAACAGAUCCAUAUUCCUCUCUCCCUUCUUCCCUGAUAAACCUUACAGUUUUGAAACCUUGUGCUGAACCUUUUAAGCCAGUGUCUGUUUCAGGGGUAACUGGGAGGCCAGCUGACGAGUUCUCCUUUCAGAGGGCACUGAGGUGAAUGAGCAAGGGGAGCGGUUAAUAGGUUCAGUGUCUUGCCUUCUCAUUAGGUGAGCGAGACCCUGGACCAAUGGGUCCAGCCAAUGGGAUGUCAACCCGUAAAAAAAAGUGCUGGGGUACAGCAUUUUCCCUCCUGGGCAAGCAAGGUGAAGAAAUAUAGUGGUGACAGAUGAGAAAGGCCAUGUUCAGGAGAUUUGAAAAGUACAUUCCUGCCUUAUCAGAAAAUGUGGGCAGAUAGGCUUUAUCCCAAUCGCAGUACACUGUGGUGUCUGUGCUUUGAUAAAGACCAUGUUCCAGUUAGAAUGUGAGAGAGGAAAGGAUCUGGACUUUGCUUCACCAUCAGAACUCUGAGCCACAUAAUGAAGUAUUUAAACUAUUUUAUGAUUAUUUUGAAUUUUUGUUUGUAAUGCUUAGAGGAUAUAUUUUAUUCGGGGAUAGACUGAGAAGCCACUAAGUACACCUUAAUGCAUGAGUUCUGCCGGAGGCUCCUAGGCAGAUUGUUAAAUGGCUGCCAUGCCCCAUAGACUGACGUCUUUUGUUUGUAGCAUCGUCUUCAGGAGUGUGGGUGUGUGGAUGCUGUCAUGAGACCCAAUGACAACUGUCUGGAGAUAGUCUCUAUUCUGAGUUUUCCUAAGCCAGUGAAUCCGGAAAGCUGUGGAAGCUGACUCACCUUCUCGAUCAGUGUCCCACGGCUAAAGUGUGGACUUCAAUACAGCCCAGCCUGUCAACUGUCACAAACACAUUCAUAAGCUUCCUGUGGGCUGGGGCUAACCCGACGCCGAGGAAAUUCCAUUUCAUGGCAAAGAGAACUCAGAUUUCCUCCCCUGAAAUUGUUUCCUCAAAUGCCCCAAGAUUACCUAUUUGGUCAUUCAUUUGGGACUGAAAAAAGACCCCCCUGAGAAUGGCUGGAUGGAAAUCAAAUGCCUGCUUCCAUCCAGACAGCGGACAGGACAAGGGCAGUGUUUUUAGGUGGAUCUGCAUGGUGCUCUAGAAAGGGCUACAAAAUCAAAUUCUCCCAAGUGCUCCUUCAAACCAGUUACCAGUCCUCAAAAUGGGGAUGGCUGAUUUUAAAUGUUAAAUUUGAAAUAAAAUGCAUGCAUCUCCUAAAGUUUUCUUUCAGUGUUAGUGGUUGCUAAAGAAGAUAAUAAUCUGUAUUUAUUGGCAAAAUGGGCCUUAGGCCAACUAUUUUUCCCAUUUUUUUUUUUUUACCAAAAUGGACCAGAUAGAGGAGUUUGGGUUUUAUUCUUUGCUUCAGAUGGAAUGUGAAGAAAACUGAUCAAAAACCCCAUUAAGACAGCUUGAUCUAAGCCCUAAAAUUCAAAAUAGUGGCCAAGUCAAAUUCUGGGUUCUGUAUAAGUUAAAAAUGUAAGCAUCCUCCUCCUCAAUAUUUAUCAAAAGCUUAGUAAUAUUGCCCUGGGUGCCUUAAUACUCUUAAAUCCUUGGAGUCUAAUGAAAAAAGGGAGAGGGGUGGUAGCAAAUGAAACAGUCCAUAAACAGGAGCAAGAUUUAGAGCCAUUACAUUACCAAAAGAAAGCUCAAAGGGAAAAAUGUAGCAACUAGCAUCUUUUAAUAGGAUUGUUAAUAGUGUUCAAGUUACCUACUGACUUUAAUCAAAUUAAACAAUUGCAAAUCCAAUAGAAGGUACUAGGGAGACACUUAGGCAUUGAGAAUUUUGCUCUGAUUGCUUAAAAAAUGUGAGAGUGGUAAUCAAGAACAAAGAGUUGUGAA